AUGAAGUUCUUCAUUUUUGCCUGCCUGGUGGUUGUUGCUCUGGCAAAGCAUGAAAUGAAGGAUAAGUCCUCCAGUGAGGAAUCACCUGCCAGCAUCUACCCAGGAAAGUCUAAGCUGGACAAUAGCGUGUUCUUCCAAACAACUCAGGAUUCUGCUAGCAGUUCAUCCAGUGAGGAAUCUUCCGAGGAAGUCAGUGAGAAAAUUGUACAGUCUGAAGAACAGAAGAUCAACCUAAACCAGCAGAAAAAAUUCAAGCAAUUUUCCCAGGAGUCUUCCUUUUCCCAAUGUUGCACACCUCUUCACCAGCAGCAGCAGCAGCAGCAGAGCAGUGUGAACCAGUGGCCCCAGCCUAAUGCCAUCCAUAACAUUCCCAUCCAGGAAUCCAUCAGCACCUCUGUGGAGGAAAUCCUGAAGAAGAUUAUUGAUAUGAUCAAGUACAUCCAAUAUCAACAGGUCACCACCUCCCAACUUCCCCAAGCUCUUCAUCCUCAGAUACCUGUGAGCUACUGGUACACCAGUAACGAUUACAGCUUCCCAAAUGCUCACUAUAUGAGAUUCUACUAAGAUUCCUAAAUAACUGCUGCUACCUAGCUAUAGGCUUGAGUAGAAAAUUGGUUUCUUCAUGGUUUCCCCAUCAUUGCAUCAACUCCUACUACUAACAUUCCCUAAGAUGCUUCUUGAAAAGACGACAAUAUUGAGCCAGAAGAAGAGAGAGUGGGAUAGUUUCUGUAUUGUUUGUAAUCUUUUUGGAUUGAGUUGUGUGUUCCAGCUUUGGACUAUGGAGCGUUAUUAACUGCAUUGUUUAAUUGAAGUCUUUUCAGUACUACUUCUGAGAUAAGAACCAAAAUAUCUCUCGCCAAGACAUUAAAGUUUUAAACGCA